CAGAUUUAUUUUCUGAAAGAAAACAUGGAGGAGACGAGCGAGAGUCUUGCCUGGUUAGAGAAAUACGAGAUCCAAGAAUUUCCGUUGAUCAGACUCGGAGAGACAUCGACCAUCGAUGACGACGUGGAAAUCAUAUUCAAACCACGAGACGACACAGCGGUGAGUUAUCAACGCCUGAUGUUGAGUUUUGACGAAGAUUUGCUUUAUAGGAGACGCGCGCUCGCAACCGCCUUUAAUUCCUUCGUCUGUCCGGUCGUUAAACCGAUCAAACCAGUGAUCCUCGUCAACUGUUUCCACUCAGAUUUUGUGGACCUCCGAGAAGAUCUUUUUCUCGGAGAAGUUUGUGAAGAGCAACGGACAUCUCUUAAUAAUAAUAAGACUCGAAAGAUACGAGACCCUCCUCCUCGAGUAUCUCGUCGAUCCUCACAGGUAUCUAGACCGAUUUAUCUCCGCCAUAGAUUUCUCCCACAGUCAAGGAAACAAUAUUCUUCUUCUCGACGCCAACGUUAAUCUUAUAAUUACGCGCACUCAUUUCAAAUUUAUCCACGAAUAUGUUUGUGUGUGUGUGUGUGUGUUGUAAAUAUCCUAAUAUAUAAUCGGAUGUUUA